CCAUUAAGAUGGACGUCAUGCAGGAAACGAAGAAGACAUACACUCGUGUUAAAGGAACCAAAUCCCGAGGUGUAGUUUAGCGGAAAAUUUGUUUUCACAGUAUCGUAAACGCAGCUUGACUUGCCUGAAAAUGGUUGGAAAAAUUAAGAACGUCCGCCAGAAGCUGCACCAGAAAGCUGUGAAGCUGACGUGGCUGCCGGGCUUUGCUUCGUCCAAAGGUAAAGGGUCGGACGAGCCUUUCAUCUGCCAAACGCAGCAGCCAAGUCAUUCACUUGUGGACAAUGGCUUCCCUGAAGUUACAAGAAAGAUGCAAGCCCAGGACCAAAUGUCUUCCCAUGCUGGGAUCUUUUCAGGAACAGAAAUUGCCCCAGAGGCCCUGAAGCAGACGUUAACAUUCAAUGACCCUCCAGCAGCCCCCACACCUGCCAAGGCAGGAAAUGCUGAAGAAAAGAAAGUGAAGUCAAAGAAAGAAAAGAUGAAAGAAAGAAGGGAACGAUGGCUCAACAAGAUAAGCAUUAUCAAGUUGACAAAGGAGCGUCAAGCGGCACAGGCUCGGCGGCAGGCCACUCCCGUUGUGGGAGACAUGAGCGUGCUCGCGGAAGCCCUGCCCGAGCUGUCGGAGCUCAUCACCCCGGCUACAUCAGCCCGCUUAGGCCCCACAGCUCGCCGGAAAAGCAAAGUGCCUGUCAAGAAGAGCGCCGCAACCGAUUUCAGUCAGAUGAGACCGCUACAGAAACGCAAACUCUUGGAGUCGGAAAUCAGUAGGUUUGGUGAAGCGGUGAAAAUCCUCAGCAGCAAAAGGAAUCCUCUCAAUGACAUCUCUGAACAUCUGAGGAAGAGACUAAAGCAUUUAGAAGAAGGUUCCAGUUAACAUCAGUAAGAUGUUUAUUACUUACUGUAUUUAAACCAUACGUCACCGUUCCUCCAUUACAGAAUCCUCGUGUACUGUGUUUUUUUUUUUUUUAGACUGUCGACUAUAAUGUCAACACAGACUCAACUGACAACAGCCUUUCGUGAAUGUUUUUAGUUUAUGAUCACCAAUAAAAUUGUACUUUCA